GAGAACAAACUAACACAAUCGUCCGCUUUCAUGUCCAUCGCAUUGAGUAAUCUUUCGAAAUUUAUCGCCCUUAGAGCCUCACGACGAUUCAAGCACAUCAGCUGCUUCAUUUCCUCUUAUCGCAGUGUUUCUUUCAGCAAUCACUUCAUUAUGUCUACGGACCCAGCCGCAUCCCCCGCGCAUCAGCUGCUAAAGCCGCUGGUCAAUGGGCAGGACACAACAAAAUGUGAUGCCGGCGGGGUUGAUGUCAGCAAAGUCGUCUCUGAGCUCUCAGACGCCGCGCGGGCAGCAGAGAACAAUGUCGAUGAUUUUGUAUACAACACGUGGACGGACUUGUUCGAGAUUGCUGGACAGAUUGAGUACGGCAAUGUUGCACAAGACCAGCUCGUCAAGGUCAUGAAAGAGCUCCGCGGCACAUCUGUGACUGGCUCGGGAGGCAAGACCCUGGCCGUUCAAGACGCUGGCGAGGUCUGGAAGGACCUUCCUACAUUUGGAUGGGUGGCCAGGGAGAUAUGGAAUUUUGACAUACGAGACCCGGACAACAAACUUGAAGAUAUCACCACAUUCAACAAUCAAUCUGCCUUUUUAGCACGCCUGACUGCCCUUGCUUACAGCGAAUGUGCCACCAAAUCCCCGUUGGAUUACAGUCUUUACGCGCUUUGGUCUUUCCGGGAUGCUUUCGAGCAGUCAUCGCAGAGUCUGGCGGCUGCCAAGAACUCUGCCAUCUGGAUCAACUACGCCCCCAGUGCCCUGCAGGGCUUGGCCUCCAAGAGCCAGGACUUACCUGACAAUAUCGGCAACGCAGGCCCAGAGUAUAGCUCUAAGGGGUGGAAGGGCUUCAAUCAGGAGAGGUGGGGUGUGUGGAAACAGGGCUUUCAGGAUGCAAUUCAGCAAGCAGGCGCCGACGCAGAACAAGAUACUCGGGACCUGCUCAAGAAGGCAGCUGACCGCAUGUGAGGCCGCCCGUUUAGCAUAAUGCCUACCAUAUUGGUAGGCAUGCGACGUCUGGUCUUCUCUAGCUAGGUACUUGUAUGUACCUAAAUAUCCAUGCAGAGGUUCUCGGUAAGAUUCUCGGUAUGCAUACUUUUAAUCGGAUUUACAGAUGAUGUGAUUUCAUAAUUUUUCAUUUCUUCGGCCUUCAGGCUGUAUUGACGCCACCUAAUUGGAGGGGGAUUUGUGUUUGAAGAGCACAUCAAACUAACCCAUUCUAGUGCUCCAUUUUUAUUUGGUCAUUCACAGCACGAACAAUUAUCGGUUCAUCUUAGCAACUAUUCGAGUUCCUCUCUGCAAUGAUGGUAAAUAUGGUCUUAGUCUCUGGCAUACGACACGUUCAUGGGGCGGGUGAUGUUUGGGCUCCUGAGUCAACAUCAGGCCGAAGGCGUACGAUGCAUCAAGACUCGGGAACGACCUCUAAGGCAAAGAGAUGAAAGCAGUCUUAGUCAACGAAAAUCUCAAAUCGGGCCUUUCCGUACCAUGACAAGCAUGAAAUAAGCAUACCUGCAGCAUAAGUGUUCAGUCCAUUGAACGCAUCCAUCAACCCAAUGCCCUGGAAAAAGGUCGCGACGAUCGGAAGUGCCAUGCCGCCGGCUCUCUCUUGGACGCUCCAUCCAAAGGCCAGGGUCCCCGCGGGAGCGAGCAGCAGAGUGGCGGGUAGGCAGGAGCGCAGCCUGUCGCUGGGCAGCCGCAUGCCGCCACGCUUGACG